AUUAGUCAUUGUUUUUGUUCUAAAAAGUAAUAUUGUAUUUGAAAACUACAGUAAUCCCAACUCUUUACAAUCUUCUUACUUUCUUUGUUCUUAAAUUUUAUGGAAUAAAAGUUUAACAUCAGAGAAAUUUGAAAAACUUUUAACUUACCCAGUUACGAAGAUAAUUAAAAAUGGUUAAUUUUGUGUUUGAGCAGUGAGUGAUGAUCCCAAAGUUAAAAAGCGCUUUUUUCUGUUUUGUGGCCAAACCCAAUCAUCGUCUUCGUCUCCAUUCAGUUUCUAACUUUUGUAACUGUUCGCCCGGUGGGGGGAGUGAGAAACGACAACGUUUUUCCUUCACAAACUAUCAACAGUUCCAGAUCUUAACGCGUGUCCCCGUUUUUUCCAGUUUCACUUCCCCCUACCUAUUUUUAAGCCUGCGCGUUCCUCAAGAGUAACAGACGGGACCUUCUCCCUCUCCCUAAUCCCCCAUACUCCUCCAUUUUUGUUUCUUCAAAUACCCCAAACGGAUAUCCACUUCUUCUCAAAUGCUCCCCUCGUUUUCUUUCUCUUCAUUCACUUAUCUCCACUAUCUCUUCAUCUCAGUUCCAAAUUUUCCUUCUGCACAAGUCCGAAUCCCUUCCUCUUCUACUGUACAGACUACACAACUCUUCCGAGAUUCAAGCUGGUGUAUACUUUAGAUGUGUUCUUAGCUUUUUGCGAUAAGAGAAAUGAACAGCGUAGACAGGAAUUGGAUGAGAUGGAAGAACCUGAAGCAAUGGCUAGGAUUCAAGGGAAUGGCCCGGAUAGGUUGUUGCGGGGCCGCAUGGAGUUCCAGCGCUUCAACCAUCACCAUCAUUCAGCGGCAACACCGUGAGGACGAUGAUUUCGAAUACGACGACCACGAGAUCCACAUGGCGGCUACCGGCCAGCUCACUCUGCAACAAGUCAUCGACCACGAAGAUCACCUGGUUCUCCAUCGUCCGCCGCGACUCUCCGCCGCCAGCCCGCUCGUGGCCGCAGCUUCCAACGCUCCGCCCGGCAUGAACCUGGCCAUGGCGCUGGCAGCCGAGCGCAAUAUGCGGAGCGCUUGUCCUACAGCUGAAGACGUAAGGGCGAAGACUUUGAUGAGACUUAUUGAGGAGACGGAGGGCGUGGAUUGGACAAAGAAGCAGAAGAAGAAAUGGAGGAAUGUGGGCGAGGGAGGAGAAGGUGGAACAGGUAGGGGGAAUGAUUCGGUGUGUUGCGUGUGCAUGGAUAGGAAAAAAGGGGCUGCGUUUAUUCCCUGCGGACACACGUUUUGUAGGGUAUGUUCGAGGGAGUUGUGGGUCAAUCGAGGGACGUGUCCUAUCUGCAACCGUCCGAUCAUCGAGAUCCUUGAUAUCUUUUAGGUCUGGUUUUUCGGUACUUUUUUCCACUUUUGUCCUUAUCAUCUUGUGACAAUGUUAGGUGGUGAUAUAUUUAUUCUUUGAUCAAUAUCUGGGCAUAUGAUCAAUCCAGUGUGAGAUUGUAAUUUCACAUUUUAAUAUACAAAGAUUUUUUAGAACAAA